AUGAUAAAGGAAGUGAUAGUGUUGAGUGCAGUGCUAGCACUAUGUAGCGCGUUACCCGCUACGGAAGAAUUGAAAGCAGUGGCCGCCCCAGCAGGUGGAAGUAGUGCUGUUGCUGUACUGGUAGAAGACGACGGAGGUGCAUCCGAAGAACUUGACACGGCCGAGUCUGCCCAUCGGCGUCACCACCACCAUCAUCAUCAUGGUGGUUUCCGUGGAGGUUACGGGGGAGGUUACGGAGGAGGUUAUGGAGGUUAUGGCGGUGGAUAUGGUGGUGGAUUCGGCCCUGGUUACGGCGGCGGACUAGGAGGUGGACUGGGAGUCGGUGUCGCUGUUGGAGUUGGUGUUGGAGGUGGAUUUCUUGGAUAA